GAUGAGCACAACCGUCUCCAUGAAAACGAUCGACGAGACAUUUUUGGAUUUUCUCCCUCCAACAGCAGUUUGAUUUUUGAAUUUUUUGAGGAAAAAAUUGAAGAUGCGUUGAAGAUGGGAAGGACUAAUCGGUACUGCGGCCUCGGCUACGAUUGCUCCUUCAAGCUUCUGUUGAUCGGAGAUUCCGCCGUCGGCAAGAGCAGCUUGCUCCUCAGCUUCGUUUCCGACGAUUUCAACCACGAGUUUCAUCAGGAUCUCACCCCGACCAUCGGAGUGGACUUCAAGAUAAAGUUUAUGAGUUGUGGAGGGAAGAGAUUGAAACUGACGAUUUGGGAUACAGCCGGACAGGAAAGAUUUGGAACACUGACGAGCUCUUAUUACAGAGGAGCACAUGGAAUCAUCCUCGUGUAUGAUGUAACAAGACGAGAGACGUACACAAGCGUAUCCAAGACAUGGAUGAAGGAGCUCGAACGAUACUGCACAAAUCCUGAUUGUGUCAAGUUACUCGUUGGCAAUAAAGUCGAUAGGGAUAGCGAGCGGGUUGUUACUACGGAAGAAGGAAUGGCCCUUGCAAAGGAGCACGGAUGUUUAUUCGUCGAGUGUAGUGCCAAGACUCAAGCAAAUGUGAAGAAUUGCUUCAAGGAACUCAUUGUGAAGAUACUAGAGAAACCGAGUCUACUAGAAAAAGGCUCUACUCCGGUGAAGAACCAAAUUUUGAAGCAAAAGGAAGUUUUCGAAGCGCAACAUAGUGUCAACUGUUGCCUCUAGUUGUCGAUAAACCCGGUUUUGUAUUAAUCUUGCAAGUCUUUUCUACGGUGUUUGUUACAUAUGUAUGUACAGGGCUAUGUCAUUUAUUUUUCGACAUUCAUUUAAUUUGUUUUAUUUUCGGAUUAUUUAAAGGGUGUGUUUGUUUCAAGGA